GUGACAUGGCAGAGCUGUUAAACUUGAGUAUCAGAGCAUAUAAGAAUUGCAUAGUAUAGAGAGCAAGUUAGGUGUUUGCUUAUGCCCCUCAAGAAUGAUUCUAUCUCUUUAUUUUGAAGUGCAAUACUGAAUAAUUCCAUCUUGUAUCUGUAAGUCAACUGUAAGAUAUAGCUACAAAAAUUUUAUAUUUGGUCUUUUUAUCAAUGAUCUGCUCAUCCAUAUACUUGAAAUAUGGGAGGUCUGUCAUUGUUCUUGAUCGAAGGUAAUGAAGAUUUCUCAACCGGAAUAUAUUGGAUGGAUUGGUUAUUCACUUAUUCCUUAUUCUUAAGGAAAUGCUAGAUACCCACGGAAUUUAUGAUUGGAAAAUCUAAAUUUCUCACUAAUCAUUUCUUAUUGGCCAUUUGGAAAACAUUGUAAUUUGUAUCCUGUUAGAAGUUUCAAUUCCAUUCUUCUCUCUCUUCCUCUCUCUUGGGGAGGGGUGUCAUUUUAGGCCAAGCCAUUGCUGGCCAAGUCAAAUUCGGCUUAUGUCAGGCCCAAUGGCCUGGUAUGCAAUGUUUUUUUAGUAUUAUGGCAUUUACAUUUAAAUUAUGAUUUUUGUAUCAACCCAGUGAACUUGGUAAAUUAUGAUUUUAGAAUAAAUGGUGUAUUAACAUGCUGGGUUUUCAACAGGUUGGUGCAGAUGAUAGGGCUGUUCUGGAUCAUAUUAUUGAUUCUUUAACUUCUCUUGCUAAUCCAAAUGAAAACUCUAGAUUUUUAAAUCAAAAUUUAAGUAAAAUUUCACUUAAACUUGGUAAAGUCCAAGAGAAUGGCAUAGAGAAGGAACUUGAUGCCAAAAAGAAGGCUGCAUUUUUAAUUCUUGGUGCUGGUGGGGUCUGUCAACCAGCUGCUGAGAUGUUAUCAUCAAUUGGAAGGCCUUCAUCCAGUCAAUGGUGUAAAACAUUGUUGUAUGAUGAUCUUGAAGAUCAAACUGAUGUUAAAGUCAUUGUGGGAUCUCUGUACCUGAAGGAUGCAGAGCAGAUUAUUGAAGGCAUUCCAAAUGUAACUGGAAUUCAGCUUGAUGUGAUGGAUCGUGCCAGUCUUUGGGAGUGUAUUUCACAGACACUAACUUAAGCAUGAGCUACAGCCAGAGAGCAUUUAACAAGAACCUUUUUGCAGUGAUGCUUGCAUGCACUAAAAUGAGUACUUAUAUUUGAGUAGUUAACUUAUGUCCUUUUAAUGAGACUUGUUUUGUCCACUAAUUUGUUGAGUUAUGAGCACCAUUUUGCUGACAAGGGCUUGAGCCCAUGUGCACACCUCUACGUACAAUAUAAAAAAAUGUAUUGUGUUAAAUUGUGUGCUCCAUUUUAUUUGAUUAUAUCCCUUAAUUUAGU